UUUCCCUCCAUAAAGCGGUGUGUUAAGAAUUCCAUUCAUUCAGUAGUACUUUACACUCGAUGCGGUUGCCACUGGCGGCAAGUACAAGUUCCAUCAUACCGGUUAGCGCGUAAUGAGUACCAAACAAAAAGAAAUCAAAACAAAGCGAAUCGAAUCGAAAACAGCGUAAUAUUUAAUUAAUUGUGUCUUGUUUUUUGCAAAAAAAAGAUAAAUUAAAAACCUAUAAUUAUUUUGUGCACAUCAUUGUGGAAUCUAUCAAUACAAAAAUUAUCGGUCCGAAAAAUAAAAAGAAAUGAAUAAAUUCUAUUGCAUUCAUGUACAAUUGUUUCUGCUGGCCAGCCAACUGAUGGUCAAUGCUGAAAUUUUUGACUCAUCUUCCGAUUUGGAUUACUCAAAUCAGUCCUCAUCGAAUGAUUCUGUAGCGGAAUGUUCGAUAAAUUCCCUGUACAGCUGGCAAUGCAACAAUGGCCAGUGUAUCCACAUUGAAGAGCUGUGCGAUGGUGUGAUACAUUGUGAGGAUAAGUCCGACGAGACAAUGGAACAUUGUCUUGACAGUACUUGUCCGGAUUAUGCCUUCAAGUGUGCCUACGGUGGCUGUAUAUCGGGUAAUGAUCGUUGCAAUGGUGUGCGAAAUUGUAUUGACGGCUCCGAUGAAAUACGCUAUCUGUGCGAUAGUUCGUCAGAUUUAUUCCAAGAUUUAAGAGGAAGUUGUUGGUUAUUCUCGCACAUGCAAUGUAAAUCGGGAGAAUGUAUUUCCCGAGAUACGAUGUGUGAUGGCAUAGCCGACUGCAAAGAUGGCAGUGACGAAACGAUGGAAAUAUGUAGUAUUUUCGAUUGUCCCGAUUAUACGUUCCGUUGUGGUUAUGGUGCUUGUGUGCCAGGUAUUGCAAGAUGCAAUGGAAUUAAAGAUUGUUUAGAUGGCUCGGAUGAAAUACCCAGUCAUUGCGGAGUAUCGGCGUUGAAUGCAACAGAAUCCCAAAAUGGAACUAAAAUAACUAUGCCAGGUACCAGAAGACCAGACUAUGUUACGUCCAGGAUUCCAAUAUAUACUCAAGCUCCGCCAAUUCAGGAGUCAGGAGUCACUAGCAGGGGGACACCGCCAACACCAUCUAGACCUUUCUUUGUGCCAUCAACACCAACUCAUACCUCACCAACACCAUCUAGACCUGUCUUUGUGCCAUCAAGACCAACUCAAACCUCGUCAACAACAUCUAGACCGUUCUUUGUGCCAUCAACACCAACUCAAACCUCGCGCCUACCCACCUCGACAAUGAGACCCUCAUUUGCUGGUCCCGCCCGUUUUUGCACUCCCAAUUCGGUGGUGAGUGGAAUUUCCACAGUUGCGUCAUGUUCGUACAAUAACACUCCGGUUAGUUGUUAUCAUAACGCCCCAAUUGGUACGGAGGCCAAGAUUUUCUGUUCGCCUGGUUAUAUGCGAAAACGUCUCAAUCUCAUCGACAGCAUGACCAUGUAUUGCAACUUUGAUGGUGUCUGGAAUCGUCCGAAGUUUAGGUGUAUUCCACGUUGUGGUGUCUUGAGUGAGGAAGAGAAACGCAAUCCAAUUAAGCCCUGGGAUGUGACGUUGUUUCGGCGUUCGCAUACAACGCUCUAUCUGCCGAUUUGCAGCGGCGUUAUUGUUUCAGCUAAAAUUGUGUUAUCAGCCAGCAACUGUCUAUUAUCAGGAGAUGGGGUAUAUACCACCGAUCAUUUGGUCUACAAUGUUGUUGAAGGUUAUUACAAUAACGUCUACAGAGAGGGCGAGACGCAAAGGGUUAUGGUACACAAUAUAUCUGCUGUUAGAGUGACCACAUAUCCAUCGAUACCGCCAACUGACCAAAUUGCCAUAUUGGUAGUGGAAGAUUAUUUCCUUUUCUCCUCUCGUGUGAAACCUGUAUGCCUACCAAGUCUUGAAAAUCAUCCACUACUGCUUAGCGAACCACAUUUGAAUGUGGGGCGGGGUGUAAUACGAGAUACUUCGAGAGAAUAUUUGGAAUUUCUGAUAUCCCGGAUGGAAGGUUCAAGUUUUGGAAGUCAACAAAUCAAUACAAGUAUCGAAUAUAUACGUAUUGAGAAAUUUAUACCAUUCAUUAUGAAGGAGAUUAAACGUUAUGAUACCAUAUUGUAAAGAGAGGGCGAGAGAGAGAGAGAGAGAGAGAGCGAACGAGCGAGUGAACGAAAUAAGAAUGGAGCAGAAAUAUGAAUGCAUUGAGAGUUUUGGAGAGGUAGCUGACAUAGCUGUUGUUAGUUGUGUCCUUACACCAUUAUUAAAAUUGGUCCCCCUUUGUCCUAAAAAUAGUACAGAUUUCUGGAAUUUCUUCAGGAAAGGAAAUAUAGUCUUAAUAAUGAAAAUCAUGUAGAUUCUUAUCUCCAUGGCGGCAAGGUGACCAGCUCCCAACUAAAAGGUGUUUUUCGAGAUUAACCAAAAUACCAUUUAAAAGUAUUAAAAAGAAUUUGUUCCAAAUAAAACUGCAUUUGUGCUCGUCAUCACUUUUUUGUUGUAGAUUAAUAGUUAAGACAUUUAUUUAAUUAACUUUUUUUCUUCUGUUUUAUAAUUAUUCUUUUUUUUGUUCAUUAUUUUUUUCUGUAUUUUUUUUUUGGUUUUUCUAUUAUUUAUUUUAAGUUUUUUGUCUAAGUUUUCAUAUAUUUUUUAUUUUAUUUAUUAUUAUGAUUAAGUUAAUACUACAUAUUUAAAUAACUUACAAUUACAUUAUUUUUAAUAAUAAAAAAUAUUUAUUUAUUUAAAACGAAAAAGAAAAAAUUAUUAAUAAUUUUUUCAUAUAAUUAGAAUGUAGUUUUUAAGGUUUCAUUUUGCUUCCUGUUCCUAUUCUUAUUGAGAUUCCUUAAAAUGUGUAUUUUGUAAUAAAU